AGUCGCCUACUUAUUCAUAAAGAUGAACGAUGUUGCGUAAUUUUGUUUCAAGAAGACGAACGGCAUGUAGGGAGAUUCAUGUGAUAGUGAUAAUAAAAUAAAUAUGGUCACUCACCGAUCUCUACUUGUCGUGCAAGUUGGAAAGAUUGCAACGUGACAAAGCAGCUUGCAGCUCUUCGGCCCCGGAUUCUGGAACUCGAACGCAUGCCUCUCCCUCGUAACACCUAAAUUUAGUCCAUGAAUCAACCUUAUCGCAUCCACUCGAAUACAAAAUGUAGUGUACUAUAAAGUUCGCUUCUGCCUGACGCAUUCUGAGUAUCGAGAAUGAAGAUGAGCGGGAGCUGGAGGGGGCGUCCAUGUCGACGCUUCUGGUGGUUGCUAUGUUUGGUGCUGAUCCAGUGGGCUGCAGCUGCGUGGGAGGUUGAUGAGGAUGCGGUGGCCUUGGAUUUUGACACUGCAGGUCUCAGCAGAAGCAACUUUUCUAACGGCUUUGUGUUCGGAACGGCGGCUUCUGCUUACCAAGUGGAAGGCAUGGCCCACGGCGGAGGACGGGGCCCCAGCAUUUGGGACGCUUUCAUCCAAAACAAUCCUGAAAAUGAACUUUAUAGUCGUUUGGAAACAGGGAUUAUUGCAAACAAUGGCACUGCAGAAGUUGCUGUGGAUCAGUAUCAUCGGUACAAAGAAGAUGUGGACAUCAUGGGAAAUCUAUUCUUUGAUGCAUACCGCUUCUCAAUUUCAUGGUCCAGAAUUUUCCCAAAUGGAACUGGUCAAGUAAAUUGGGAAGGCGUUGCUUACUACAAUAGACUGAUUAAUCACUUACUGAAGCGAGGUGUUACUCCAUAUGUAAAUCUGUACCAUUACGACCUCCCAUUAGCUCUUGAGUUGAAAUACCAAGGAUUAUUGAGCCGCAGUGUUGUGAAAGACUACGCAGAUUAUGCAGAAUUCUGUUUCAAGACUUUUGGAGACAGAGUGAAGAAUUGGAUGACAUUUAAUGAACCAAGAGUAGCGGCUGCUCUUGGUUAUGAUAAUGGCUUCUUUGCCCCCGGAAGGUGUUCAAAAGCAUUUGGAGAUUGUUCGGCCGGCAAUUCAGCCACUGAACCUUACAUUGUUGCCCACAAUUUGAUACUAAUGCAUGCAGCUGCCGUUCAGAGAUAUCGAGACAAUUACCAAGAAAAGCAAAAGGGAAGGAUUGGAAUCCUCUUGGAUUUUGUUUGGUAUGAACCUCUCACAAGAUCGAAGGCUGACAGUUAUGCAGCUCAAAGAGCCAGAGACUUUCAUAUUGGAUGGUUCAUCCACCCCAUCGUAUACGGAGAGUAUCCAAGAACUAUGCAGGUAAUUGUUGGGAAUAGGCUCCCCAAGUUUACUGAGGAAGAAGUCAAGAUUGUGAAGGGAUCGAUGGAUUUUGUUGGCAUCAAUCAGUAUACUACUUACUACAUGUAUAAUCCCCGUCAACCAAGAUCCCAAGUCCUGGGCUACCAACAAGACUGGAGUGUUGGAUUUGCGUAUGCAAAGAAUGGAAAGCCGAUAGGUCCAAGAGCAUAUUCAAAUUGGCUCUACGAAGUACCAUGGGGCAUGUACAAGGCAUUAAUCUACAUCAAGGAGCGUUAUGGAAACCCAACAGUGAUAUUAUCUGAAAAUGGGAUGGAUGAUCCAGGGAACUUGACACUUGCUGAAGGUUUGCAAGAUGCUGCAAGGAUCAAUUAUUACAGAGAGUAUUUGAGUCAACUAAAGAAGGCUAUCGAUGAUGGAGCGAAUGUGGUGGGGUACUUUGCAUGGUCAUUGCUAGAUAACUUUGAAUGGAGAUUGGGAUACACAUCGAGGUUUGGUAUUGUCUUUGUUGAUUUCAAUACCCUCAAUCGAUACCCCAAGAUGUCUGCGUACUGGUUCAAGCAGCUUCUUACCAGAAACAGGCGGUGAGCAGCUGAGCUCACCAUCUCGAUGUCGCUGCUCGUACGUGUUUAAAGACAAUAGUACCGAUGAUAUAUGUCGUGUGCGGUUUUGCUUGAAUCAGCAAUAGUAGUCACCUCUUCGAUUCUACCAUUCAGUGAAUCGAUGGAUAAUAUCUUUAAAUAAAACGAUCUUAUAAAGUUAUCAUUAAUGAUUCA